UUGGCUCCACUUCUCGUCUCUCGUUGUCUCCAGUUGGCGCAGCGUGACGAGCGAUGAUCAUGUGCACAGUAUCACAUGAGUUGAGAUGUGUUCUGUGGUAAUGGAUGAUGCUGUGUGCAGUUUGGAUAUGGCAGGGUUACCCUACGUGACGCUACGUGGGGGGUGCCGCAUGCCGCUGGUGGGAUUCGGCACCUGGAAGACAAAAAAGGGUGAGGCGUAUGCAGCUGUGUGUGCUGCACUUGAGGCCGGCUACCGGCACCUGGACUGUGCACACGUGUAUGUGAAUGAAGAGGAGGUUGGGAAUGGCAUCCAGGGCUCUGGGGUGCCUCGUUCACAAAUAUUCAUCACGAGCAAGCUGUGGAACACGUUCCAUCACCCCUCUGCAGUGCGUGCUGCUUGCGACCAGACGCUGGCGGCCCUGAAGACAAACUACCUGGACCUGUACUUGAUGCACUGGCCUAUGGGCUUCAAGCCAGGUGAGGACUUGUUCCCAUUGGAUGAAAAUGAUAAAGUGAUUACUGAUGGCACGGAUUUUCUGGACACUUGGGAGGCAAUGGAAGCACUCGUCGACGCAGGUGUCAUUCGAGCUCUGGGUCUCUCUAACUUCAAUCGUGACCAAAUAAGGAAGAUUCUGAACAAACCCGGCCUGAAGCACAAGCCUGUGGUCAAUCAGAUAGAGAGCCAUCCUUACUUGACUCAAGACCGGCUGAUUGCAUUUUGUCGUGAACAUGGAAUUGAAGUGACGGCAUACAGCCCGCUGGGUUCCCCCGAUCGUAGUUGGGCCUCUGUGAAUGAGCCCAAAUUACUGGAAGAUCCGUGCGUAUGUGCGAUUGCAUCGAAGCAUAAGAAGACACCUGCACAGGUUCUAAUCCGAUUCCAUGUACAAAGAGGAGUGAUGGUGAUUCCAAAGUCUGUGACAAAGGCACGCAUCCAUGAGAACAUACAGGUGUUUGAUUUUGAGCUGACUGCAGAUGACAUGAAAUCCUUGACUUCCCUCAACAAGAACUGGAGGGCCUGCCCAAUGCAGUGGGCUGUGGACCACAAAGACUACCCAUUCAACACUGACUUCUGAACCCAG